AUGGCUCAGCAGUGUGAAAAGAAUCUUCAUAUCAACCAUGAAGUGCUUUAUUGUUAUUGGGUUACUGAUAUUUUUAACAAUACAAUAUCUCUUCUAGGUUGCCUCUUCCUGAUUGCUGCUGUUGCCUUACCUCGGGCAAAACGUGCGGCUUACGACCUUCCACCUGGAGCCGAAUUACUUGUCGGACCAAUCAAAACUACCUUCUCCUGUGUUGGUCUUCACUCGGGGUACUACGCUGAUGUCGACAACAACUGUCAGAUCUUCCACAUCUGCCACCCACAAACUCUCCCUGACGGAACCGUAGAAGUUGGACAUUGGAGCUUCUUCUGUGGUAACCAGACCGUCUUCAACCAGAUGAGCUUCACCUGUGCUUUCCCAGAGGAGGCCGUGCCUUGUAGAAACGCUCCUGAUUUCUACUAUCUUAACAACAACAUCGGGAAUGAGAAUGCUCCCUUCCUGACAGACGAUGACGUAGCUAGAGCUUAUGCAGCCAUCAGAUCACAGUAA